AUGGAAAUCGACGAAGGCAAGGAAAUCGAAGCGAAUGACUACGCGCUCAGCGGCAGGAUAAUGCUAACCGCCAUCGUCGUUCUUUUCGUCGUCAUCGUCAUAAUGCUUUGCCUCCACGUCUACGUCCGCUGCAGCCUUGUUCGCGCUCGCCGCCAGCAAAACAUCCGCCGCAGAAGCAACCGCUCGCAGUUCGUGUUUUACAUCGACCCCGCCGCCCGCAUUGCCCUCACCUCACGCGGCCUCCACACCUCAGUCAUCUCCACGCUCCCGGUCUUCACCUUCUCCGCUUCCACCCAACCGCUGGAAUGCGCGGUUUGCUUGUCGGAGUUUGAGAACGGAGAAACGGGUCGGGUCUUACCCAAAUGCAACCACAGUUUUCACACUGAGUGCAUCGACAUGUGGUUCCAGUCCCACACCACAUGUCCGCUUUGCAGGGCGCCUGUUGAGGCCAUACCCGAGGGAGAAACCCGGUCUGAGGUGACUUUUGUGUGUGAACCUGAACUUGUUCGGGAAGAAGUGGACCAGCCUAGACCGAUAGGUUCUUCUUCGCUGAAUAACGAAAGCUUGGGGCGUGAGACGGAGUCGUCGUUUUGUUCGCAGGUGAGUCGGAUAGUGUCGUUUAAGAGAAUUCUGAGUAGAGAAAAGAAGGGAAGCGUUUCGGGGUGUGUGGUGGAAGGUUGCAGCUCCAUGACCGAGUUAGCCGCUCAACGGGGAGAGUGUGACUCAGUUAGUUGUUGA